AGUUAUCUUUUCCAUUGACAUGUUUGGCACCAUUUCUUUCAGCCAACAUUCUAUAUUUGGUGCACAUACACUUUUCCAAUUUAAAGAAAUAAUCCAUUUUGCUUGUAGAAUACAUAUAUUUAUAAAUAUAUUCUGUCUGUCUUUUUUUUUUUACUUGAUCUCCUUAGAAUAUAAAUGAAAUAAAAAGAUUAAAAGUGACAGUGGAAUGUUAAUAGUGUAUUAUUACCAAAUCUUGGAUCCAUCUUUUUGUCAUCUUGUUUUCUUGCAUUCAUCAGAGGUUUUGUAUUGAUUGAACAUCUGAGUUUCUGCAAAAAUUGAGGUGCAUGAGCUCAAAUCAGUCAGUUCCAAAAACAAGCACAAACCCCUGUGCCCGUUGAAAUAUUGCUAUAAUAUAUUUUUAAUUUUUAAAAAUGUUUCAAUUUUUAAAAGCGCCAUCAAAUUAGGUGAAGGAUUUCCCGCUAACAGCCCAAGGGUUAAAAUCUGUUCUGAUUGUGAAAGUGUUUUACAGCCUUGAAUCACAAACUUCACAAAGUGUCUGCGUGAAUCUGAUGAAAUGAAUGAAAUGUUAUUGUAUCUGUCUUUACUGUGAUUAAACUCCGAGUGGAGUAACUAAUAACCCUCACUACUGCUGUGUGUGUGUGUGUGUGUGUGUGUGUGUGUGUGUGUUUAUUGUGAUGAUGUCACUGUAGGUAUUUUUACACUCGCGCUAUAAAUAUCAGGUCACUCCUCAUGUCGUCACGGCGGAGGAGUUUUUUCUUCUCCUCCAGGUCUCAGGUUGAGCUCACUGAGACUAUAUAAACCACGACAGACUCCACGGAUCAUCACACACACACAGUCAGAGAUCUCUGUGAGGAUGAGCUGCGACACGAGCGUCAGGCGGAUUCUGCGCGCGUCCAAACGCUUCAGGUCCACUAAAGGGGCGUCCAAAGCCCGGCGAGACCACAUCAACGGAGAGAUCCGGAUCAUGCGGGCGCUGCUGCCCAUCUCGGCUGAAGACCAGGAGCGUCUGUCCUACCUGCACUCCAUGUCUCUCAUCUGCACCUACGUCAGGAAGAGCGUGCUCCUCACAGGUGUUCACGAGGACGGCGGUGGAGCUUCUCCUCUGUAUGAGAGCUUCCUGCAAGCGCUGCCUGGAUUUAUUGUCGCUUUGACGAGAGACGGGAAACUGGUGUACGUGUCUGAAAAUGUGCCAGAAUAUCUCGGCCUGUCCAUGGUGGACGUCCUUCAGGGAGACACGUUCUACGAUAUGAUGGACAGUCGUGACGCAGAAGCGGCGAGACUCAUUUUGAGAGAGCGGGGCGUCUCAGCAGAGCGCGGUUUCGUGUGUCGCAUGCACACCUCCAAAGCGUUCCGGCUCCAGUACGGCAGCUGCUGCUCCAUGCUGGUGAGGGGGCGUUUCCAGGACGGCCCGCCAAACGCCGCUCUGUUUGUGGCCCUCUGUACGCCCACAGUCAACAGACUGAAGGACAGCGAGCUCCUCAGCGCCUCCGCCUGCUUCCAGACGCUCCACGGGCCGGACAUGAGGCUCACUCACGCCCCCUACAGUGUUUUGUUCCACCUGGGUUUCUCGGCAGAGGAGCUGAUUGGUCGAUCGUGGUACGAACUCCUGCAUCCGGAUGAUCUGACGCUCGCCGCCGGCUGCCAUCGGUUGCUUAUUGGAGAUGACGGCGACGCGAGCGGAGAGAUGCUGAUCCGACUGCAGUGUAAGGAUCUGUCGUGGAUCUGCCUCUACGUAUGUGCGUCAAUGGACGGAGCCAGAGAAUCGAUCGCCUGCACAAAUCACGUCAUCAGCGAAGCGGAGGCCGUCUAUCUCAAAGACAAACUCUACGGCUCUGCGCUGACGUCACAGACGGUUUGCGGCGCUCCGGAGUCUCGGCGUCCCGUCCGCUCGGCGAAGACAACGAGAGAGACGCUCGGGAGAAGCUCGGAGACCAGCGACGUCCAGCGAUCCGUCGGCACAGACGCGGAGCUCAGGAGCGCGUCGCUCGCGGUCGUAGAGCAGCCGGCCUUCUUCUCCACCCCGCCGUACAGCCCCACUUCCUCCCACUCCUCUGACUUCCUGUCUGACGGCUACGGCGCGUUCGAGCAGCUGGCGGAUGGGUUCUGCCCGUCUCAAGCGUUCCCUCGGCCGUUCUCCGACCCGUCCUGCGCCGUUUCUCCCGUCUCUCUGCCAGACGCUCAUCUGGUCCCCGUCUACCGGCCCGUGCUGGACGUCUGCGAGGGCGCGUCGGACUGCGUUCUGCAUCCGGAGGACUUUGGCGUGUUCGCUCUUCCUCAGGACGGCGGUCCGCUCACGCCCGAGCCCUCGCCCACCGCCGACGGACGCUUCCUGUACAGCGAGACGGAGCGGGCCGAGAUCGGGACGCUGGCCUGUCAGAUCCGCUCUCUGGCCAGCAGCUUCGACGCCUACGGCGCGACACACCGACCCCAGCCCGACGGCGCCCUCUGCUGGCCGCCCGCGUCCGAGCCGCUGCUGGACGAGACCGUCAUCGACAGCAUCCUGAGAGACCUGAUCUCGGCCAAAGAGCCGGACUGCGCCUGGAACCGGAGCGGGGUCGGAGCGUCCUCGGCGGAGCCCGGCGUCUGCCGUCAGACAAACGGUGAGCCGCGUCGGCUCCAUCAGUGCGUGUACGGCGGCGACCGGACGGCGUUUUGAUGAUCGCCGGAUCGAUCCGUGAACCGACUGAAGUCCGUGACUUACGUUAGUAACCCGGUAUGGCAUAUUGCCAUGGCAACCAGCGGCUGGAGAAUCUGAUGAGGAAGCGGUUUCUCAAGAAUUCUUUAUACACCUGCAGUGUUUUAAGAAGGUGAAGAAUCAAUAGCAGGGUCAGCACUGUCCUCUUUCUGCUCUGUUGCUUGUGUCGCUAGUGUCUCAGUAGCAUGUAGUAGAUGUGGUCUUUGUAAACGACUCAAUAAUACGCUACUACGCACUUACUCGUACGACACAGAAGAUCCUCAAACAAGAGCGAUGAACUAAAGCUACCUCGUGAAGCCAAUGAGAUCACUCCAAACAAACACUCUUUCUGUCGUGUUGCUGUAUAUUUAUUUUCUGUGGUUUAUGAUUUGUGGACCAUUCCAGCGAACAGAUGUUCUGUUUCAUGAAUGAAUGUCAUGUUCAGCCUCACUGAAGCCUUAUGUUUGCUCUCUCUCUGUUUCUCAUGUCAGAGUUACUUAUAAUGUUUAGAGCGAAUAUGUACAAAACAGUUUAUUUAUAUAUUCUUGCUCUUAGUUUCUAUUUUUGUAUGUGAUGUCAAUAAAGUUGUUAAGAGAA